AUGUCGUCACCAAAGUCUGUCUUAAUCACCGGCUGCAGCACCGGCGGCAUCGGUCAUGGUUUAGCCCUAAUCUUCCAGCGCAAAGGAUUUAUCGUCUUUGCGACAGCACGCGACAUCUCAAAAAUGAGCGACCUUGGUGCCUUACCAAACAUUCAUUUGUUGGCACUGGAUGUUACGUCUAAGACUAGCAUCCAGGAAGCAGUGAAAAGCGUAGCCGCUUUGACGGACGGACGAGGGUUGGACAUCCUAGUUAACAACUCCGGUCAGCAAUAUACAAUGCCCAUGACGGAUAUUGUGGAAGAGGAAGCAAGACGGAUGUUCGACGUUAAUUUCUGGGGCGUGUUCGCGGUGACCCAGGCCUUUGUGGACAUGGUGAUUGCGGUAAAAGGAGUUAUUGUAAAUAUGGCAAGUAUCUCGGGUUAUUGGUAUACGCCAUACAUGACUGUUUACAACGCAUCCAAGGCUGCUCUGGUAAUGUUUGGCGAAACCCUACGUCUCGAACUCAGUCCUUUCGGUGUUCGGGUCGUAUCAGUCAUCGCAGGCGCUGUCGAUACAAAUAUUAUGCGGAACUCUCCUGUCCCAGAGUUGCCAGAGUCAUCGCGAUAUUUUGCUGCUCGAAAACAGAUCAUUGAUCUAGCGGCUGGGGCUGAUAAUGAUGGCUUAAAACGGAUGUCUGUUAAGGCAUUCGCUGAGAAAGUGGUGAACGAUGUUCUUCAAGGUGCCAAUGGCAGGAUUUGGAGGGGAGAAUAUUCAUCUAUCGUACGAUUGUCUAAUGUUAUGAUGCCGACUGCGGUGUUGCCAAGAGAGAACGAAAUCCUCGUAGAAGCACCUGUCAAUCUAGAAGCCCUCUCCUCUUUCAGACCUCUUCUCCGCCUGCUGAUUCAAAACCAUGUCAUUCGGAGCUAUUCAUACGACGCUAUUCGCGACGAAAUCCAUUUGGUCUGCGCCACUCAACGCGACUAG